GGAUCCGGCAGCACGAACGUUUCGGGCUGGAAUUCCCCUCAGGCCGCCGGAUCCUUACGCCACCCGUGCUAUAAAAGAGGAGAUGAGGGCAGGGCUUGCCCAUCGGCACCAGGCUCCCCCGGCCCAGGAGCAGUGCCUGGCGGCCGGGCUCGCUUCGCCCUCUGGAUUACCUGCUGCUCCCGGGAUUGCCAUCGCUGAAGAGCCCCAUGGCAGGAUCGUGUGAGCUCAGCAACAUUUUGUCCAACUACAUCAGCGCCAUGUACCAGCCGGAUGAGAUGCAGCCGAGCUUGGACGUGCUGGGACACCCUGGGGAUGACGGCAGCCUGGGGCUGAGCCUCCCUCCCAGCCAGCCCCUGGCACAGAGCACAGACAAACCGGAGUGGUUCGGUGAGCUCCCGUACUUCUGGACCAAGGUGCAGGUGCUGGAAUGGAUCAGUUACCAUGUGGAGAAGAACAAGUACGAUGCCAGCUCCAUCGACUUCUCCUGCUGCAACAUGGACGGGCACGCGCUGUGCCACUGCACCAGGGACCAGAUGCGCCUCAUCUUCGGGCCCCUGGGGGACGAGCUCUAUGACCGCCUGCAUGAGAUCAACCCCACCUCUGCAGCCUCCGAUGAGCUGAACUGGAUCAUUGACUUACUGGAAAAAGAGGAUGCGACUUCCAAAGAGCCCUUCCUGGACAGCAGCCACCUGGAGCUGGGAAAUCCCUGUGCCAAGGACUCCCCGGAGGACAUGAAGCCCACAAACCCUUUCCUAUGCACAGACUUCAGCUGCUUGCCUGAUGCCAUGUCCCCAGGCAGCUCCGAUGGCUCAGGCCCCAUCAUGUCCCACAGCCCCAACUCCCAGGACUCCGGUGGAAGUGACCUUGAUCUUGAUCCCACGGAAGCAAAGCUCUUCCCUGAUGAUGGCUUUGCAGCGAGCAAGAAGGGGGACAGCAAACAUGGCAAGAGGAAACGGGGACGGCCCCGAAAGCUCAGCAAGGAGAGCAGGGACUGCCUGGAGAGCCGCAAGAGUAAGCACUCCCCGAGGGGUACCCACCUGUGGGAGUUCAUCAGGGACAUCCUGAUCCACCCGGAGCUGAACGAGGGGCUGAUGAAGUGGGAGGACCGGCAGGAGGGCAUCUUCAAGUUCCUGCGCUCGGAAGCGGUGGCUCAGCUCUGGGGGCAGAAGAAGAAGAACAGCAGCAUGACCUAUGAGAAGCUGAGCAGAGCCAUGCGGUAUUACUACAAGCGGGAGAUCCUGGAGCGGGUGGACGGGCGACGGCUGGUGUACAAGUUUGGGAAGAACUCCAGCGGCUGGAAGGAGGAGGAGGUGCUCACCAGGAGCAAGGAGCUGUAGGAGGCCUUGGCAGGAACCUUUUCCUGCAGCUGUACCUGGAAGCUGCUGCCCCAUGCAGGGGUGAAGCUGUGCCCCUUGCGUGCUGGUGACUGUGGGCACCGUGGUGCCCAGCGCUGAUGUUCUGUGCCGGGGGAGGUUGUUGGAAGCGGUUACAUCCCUGGAGUCACCUCCAAAACCGGACUUUGGCUGCUCCCAAGCCUGGACAAAUGCAAUCGGGAGCCGUGCAGGAAGCAGCAGGCACAGCAGUGAGGCUCCAGCAGCUGUCCUGCUGUCAGGCAGAGCAGCACCACCUCACCUGCAUCAGACCGAGCUCAUCCCAUGGCGAUGGUGCCCCCGGUUGUGUUUGCUCCGUGUGGGAUGGGUGAGGCCCCCCUGUGCUGCAGCUCCUCAGAGAGAGGAUGGGGACACUGUGGAGCUUCACCUGGCCCCGGCUGUGCCCUCAGGACAGAGAGGACGUGGGACAGGCAGCAGGACCACCCUGCGCUUCCAUCCCAUCUGCCUGUAUCUAAAACCAGGCUUCUCCCCAAAAAGUAGCUUCUAAUUUAUGUAAGACAAAGAAAAACCGACCCCCGAAAGCACAGAAUGAAUGUACAGAUGUAUUUUUUCACUAUUCAGGUGUUCCCAUGGAGGGUGUGCAUUGUGCACGGAGGUGAUGCUCAGCUGGACUGAAGUGAUGCGGAGGCACAGACGGGCUCUGUGUCAGCCGCAGCAGGGGGAUGCCAGCCCAGGCAGGCGCUCAGCUGGGGCCUUUGGUUUCCUCCUGUGCCCGUGGGAAGGUGAAAGGAAUAAACUGCUAUUUGUUGGGUUUUUUGUA